AUGGCUCCAUGAGUGAGGUCCAGAUCCGAGGAGAUGGAGUUUACGAUGACCGUCGUCUGGAAGAGACAAAGCAUCCAAGAGAAAACGGAGUACACAUGGGGCCCCCGCAUCACACAGCGCGAGGAGCCCCGCACCCACACAUCACAAGGAGCCCCGCACCCACACAUCACACAGCGCGAGGAGCCCCGCACCCACACAUCACACAGCGCGAGGAGCCCCGCACCCACACAUCACACAGCGCGAGGAGCCCCGCACCCACACAUCACACAGCGCGAGGAGCCCCGCACCCACACAUCACACAGCGCGAGGAGCCCGGCACCCACACAUCACACAGCGCGAGGAGCCCCGCACCCACACAUCACACAGCGCGAGGAGCCCCGCACCCACACAUCACACAGCGCGAGGAGCCCCGCACCCACACAUCACACAGCGCGAGGAGCCCCGCACCCACACAUCACACAGCGCGAGGAGCCCCGCACCCACACAUCACACAGCGCGAGGAGCCCCGCACCCACACAUCACACAGCGCGAGGAGCCCCGCACCCACACAUCACACAGCGUGAGGAGCCCCGCACCCACACAUCCGACACAAGGAGCUCCGCACCCACACAUCAGACACGAGGAGCCCCGCACCCACACAUCAGACACGAGGAGCCCCGCACCCACACAUCAGACACGAGGAGCCCCGCACCCACACAUCAGACACAAGGAGCCCCGCACCCACACAUCAGACACAAGGAGCCCCGCACCCACACAUCAGACACAAGGAGCCCCGCACCCACACAUCAGACACAAGGAGCCCCGCACCCACACAUCAGACACAAGGAGCCCCGCACCCACACAUCAGACACAAGGAGCCCCGCACCCACACAUCAGACACGAGGAACCCCGCACCCACACAUCAGACAUGAGGAGCCCCGCACCCACACAUCAGACAUGAGGAGCCCCGCACCCACACAUCAGUGUGAGAGGCUCACGUACACACGGUCAUAUCACAUGAUGACACGCACACAGGUCACAUGACCACUGAAUUCAUUCUACUUCUUGAAGAC